AUGUGCAUAUCGCUUGGUGAUUUCGACGAGGAUGACGAAGCUGUUUUCGACUACCUCCGUGCUUGCAUACAACGCGCCGGCCUAUGCCCCCUUUUGCUUGCUAUCAAUCCAAACAAUAAGCGGAUGAACCCGGCCGCUCUCCUCGAAGCCGUUCUGAAGGCGGGAGGAAAAUGUGAAUGGGCGUCGAUAAACUAUUCGCCAGACAAGAUUGCCGAAUUUCGCCCUUUCUUCGACGGGCGAUUCAACCUUGGACAAGUCAGGAAUCUGUCUCUUACCUGCUGCGUGCGGGCCCGAGGUGUGUUCGAGUUGGAUCUACCGAGCGGAGUAGCAGAUAUGCGGCCGUUCACGCACCUACGGUCUCUGACCCUCGACUUUUGGAAGAAGAUCGAUAUAACUAGGGUGUUAGUCCCGUGGGACCAGCUAACGAACCUGAAGCUUACAUCUGGCAUUGCUUAA